AUGUUCAACCGAUCACUAGUGUCUACCACGGCAACAGUGAUCACCACGCCGCCAGUGUUCACCAGUCCACCUCGCCGCCAGUGUUCACCAGGCCACCACGCCACCAAUGUUCACCAGGCCACCUUGCCCCGCCAGUGCUCACCAGGCCACCAAGCCGCCAGUGUUCACCAGGCCACCAAGCCGCUAGUGUUCACCAGGCCACCAAGCCGCCAGUGUUCACCAGCCACCGCCGUCAGUGUUCACCAGGCCACCAAGCCGCCAGUGUUCACCAGGCCACCACGCCACCCGCCCAGUGUUCGCCAGGGCACCACGCCGCCAGCGUUCACCAGGCCACCCUUUUGCCGUCAGUGUUCACCAGGCCACCUUGUCAGUGUUAAAAAGGCCACCAAGCUAUCAGUGUUCACCAGGCCACCACGCCGCCAGCGUUCACUGCCACCUUGCCGCCAGUAUUGCCAGGCCACCACCGCCAGUGUUCACCAACCUGCCGUCAGUGUUCAGGCCACUUCGCCGCCAGCGUUCACCAAGCCACCUUGCCGCCAGUGUUCACCAGGCCACCUGCGCUGCCAGUGUUCACCAGGCCACCUUGCCGUCAGUGUUCACCAGACCACCACACCGCCAGCGUUCACCAAGCCGCCUUGUCAGUGUUCACCAGGCCACCACGCCGCCAGCGUUCACAGGGCCAUUCCCUCACCGCCAAUGUUCACCAGGCCACCACUCCACCAGUGUUCACAAGGCCACCAGGCCACCACGCCGCCAGCGUUCACCAGGCCACCAUGCCACCAGUGUUCACCAGGCCACCAUGCCGCCACGUUCUGCCAGGCCACCGACGCCGCCACGCCCAGGCCUCGCCGUCAGUGUUCACUCAGGCCACCACGCCACCAGUGUUCACCAGGUCACCAUGUCGCCACUGUUCACCAGGCCACCACGCCGCCAGCGUUCACCAGGCCACCCUGCCGUCAGUGUUCACCAGGCCACCCACACCGUCAGCGUUCACCAGGCCACCUUGCCGUCAGUGUUCACCACGCCGCCAAUAUUCACCAGGCCACCACGCCGCCAGCGUUCACCAGGCCAUUCGCCGUCAGUGUUCACCAGGCCACCUUGCCGUCAGUGUUCACCAGGCCACCACGUCGCCAGCGUUCACCAGGCCACCACACCGCCAGCGUUCAUCAAGCCACCUUGCCGUCAGUGUUCACCAGGCCACCACACCGCCAGUGUUCACCAGGCCACCACGCCGCCAGUGUUCACCAGGCCACCAUGACGCCAGUGUUCACCAGCCACCAUGCCGCCAAUGUUCACCAGGCCACCACGCCGCCAGCGAUCACCAAGCCACCUUGCCGCCAGUGCCACCGCCGCCAGUGUUCUCAAGGCCACCUUGCCGCCAGUGUUCACCAGGCCACCAAGCCACCAGUGUUCACCAGGCCCUCACCGCCAGUGUUCACCUCUGCCCCGGGCCGCCAGGCUGCCAGUGUUCAUAAAGCCACCUUUGCCGUCAGUGUUCACCAAGCCGCCAGUGUUCACAAGGCCACGCCCACCCCUGUGUUCACCAGUGCCACCUCGCCGCCAGUGUUCACCAGGCCACCAUGCCGACAGCCUUCACCAGGCCACCUCGCAGCCAGUGUUCACCAGGCGACCACGCUACCAAUGUUCACCAGGCCACCACGUCUCCAGCGUUCACCAGGCCACCACGCCGCCAGUGUUCACAAGGCCACCUUACCGCCAGUGUUCACCAGGUCACCAAGCCGCCAGUGUUCACAAGGCCACCUUGCCGUCAGUGUUCCCAAGGCCACCUCACUGCCAGUGUUCACAAGGCCACCUUGCCGUCAGUGUUCACAAGGCCACCUCACCGCCAGUACUGUUCAUGUUCAGGACACAAUUUCCUCUACCCAACACAGUGUGCUCACCAGAAAACAAUGUACUCACCAGAACACAAUGUCCUCUACAGAACACAAUGCCCUCUACAAAACACAAUGCCCUCUACAGAACACAAUGUCCUCUACAGAACACAAUGCCCUCUACAAAACACAAUGCCCUCUACAGAACACAAUGUCCUCUACAGAACACAAUGCCCUCUACAAAACACAAUGCCCUUUACAGAACACAAUGUCCUCUACAGAACACAAAUACAAUAUACUCACCAGUACACAAUGCACUCCACAGAACACAAUGUACUCACCAGAACACAAUGUCCUCUACAGAACACAAUGUACUCACCAGAACACAAUGUCCUCACCAGAACACAAUGUCCUCUACAGAACACAAUGUACUCACCAGAACACAAUGUCCUCACCAGAACACAAUGUCCUCUACAGAACACUAUGUACUCACCAGAACACAAUGCCCUUUACAGAACAAAAUGACUUCCAUAUAAGAAGAAAGAUCAAAGGAGUCGCCAAGGUAAUCAGCCAAGCCCUGCUCCAGCCUCCAACCCAGCAGCAGACCUGGACCCUGAGUUCUCGCCCGAUAAUCCUCACACUUGACACAGAUUAA